CGUGUACCCCGAAGAAUAUGGGGUAAAUCGGUCGCUAGCAUUUUCCACCAUUUUUCUCGGGUUCCAAGUAAACCCAGAGUCUUCUGCAAAUGGGAACUGGGCAUUCCUGUACAGGAGAACUCACAAGGAUAAAGUCAGAGCCGCCCUGGUACUAGUGGAUUGCGACGUCACAAAAUAGAAAAUCGGGUUGCACUGGUCCAAUGGCAACCAAGUGCGCCUCACAAUCUGGUAGGACCACUACCACUCUACGCACUUCAAACAUACUAUCUAAGGCUAUAAAAUCCCCCUGAAAUCAUCAGGACUGUCAUCCAUUGCAAUUGCAGAGCACAACAUUUGUGCAAUAGAGAUGGAGAUAAACAUGAGAUUGCUGGGCUAUGUUGCACUGGUCGUGAUGUCAGUUUACUUAAUUUACAGAAGAUUUCGGCCAUCAAUGAAGUUACCGCCGGGUCCUCGCGGAUGGCCUGUAAUUGGACACCUGCAUCAUCUGGGCAGUCUGCCUCACAGGUCGCUGGAUCGACUCUCCAAGAAGUAUGGCCCGCUCAUGUACAUCGAGCUGGGUUCAGUCCCCUGCAUCGUUGGAUCCUCAGCCGAAAUGGCCCGAGAAAUCUUGAAGACGAACGACGUUACUUUCGCCUCGCGCCCCAGGAUCGCUGCGGGGAAAUACACUGUGUACAAUUACUCUGACAUAACAUGGUCGCCCUAUGGAGAGCAUUGGCGGCUGGCCAGAAAGAUCUGCCUCAUGGAGCUCUUCAGUGCUAAGCGCCUUGAAUCGUACGAGUAUAUCCGAGUGGAGGAGGUGGCUCGCAUGGUGGCCUCUGUUUUCAAAAGCUCUGCCGCCGCUAAGCCUGUCGAGCUCCGGGAAGAGACCUCGUCCGUGAGCAACAACAUUAUUUCGAGGAUGGUUAUGGGGAAGCGCUACUUGGAUGAGAAUGGCGGUAACAAGAUCGAGCCCCAUGAGUUUAAGGAUAUGCUGGAGGAGCUUUUUGUGCUCAAUGGCGUUUUUAACAUUGGAGACUACAUUCCUGCCCUGAGCUUCCUUGAUCUGCAGGGCUAUGUCCGACGGAUGAAGAAGCUCAGCCGACGAUUUGAUGUCUUUCUGGAGGAGGUGCUUGAGGAGCAUGACCAGCGGCGGAGGAGCGUGCCUGAUUAUGCGCCUGCUGAUAUGGUGGACGUCUUGCUGCAACAGAGUGAUGAUCCUGCAAACAAUCUUACCAGGAACAGAGUCAAGGCCUUCACUCAGGACAUGAUAGCCGGCGGAACAGAGAGCUCUGCUACACUUGUGGAAUGGGCGCUGUCAGAGCUUCUUAAAAAGCCUGUAAAAAUGGCAAAGGCAAACGAAGAAAUGGACAGAAUAGUGGGAAAAGAAAGAUGGGUGCAAGAGAAAGACAUUGUUGAGAUGGAAUACCUGCAAGGUAUAGUGAAAGAAACGAUGAGGCUGCACCCAGUUGCCCCCAUGCUGGUUCCUCAUCUUUCCACUCAGCACUGCAAAAUUGGAGGGUACGACAUCCCUGCCAACACCAUAACAUUCGUGAAUGUGUGGACAAUCGGCAGAGACGAAACACUGUGGGAAAAGCCCGAGGAAUUCAGGCCAGAGAGGUUUGAGGGCAGCAGCUUGGACGUGAAGGGCAGAGAUUACGAGCUGCUGCCAUUCGGGUCGGGCAGAAGGAUGUGUCCAGGGGCCAGUCUGGGUCUGAAAGUGGUUCAGCUGGGCCUCGCCAAUCUUCUCCAUGGCUUCCACUGGCGCCUUCCUGCGAACCAGAGCCCCCAAGACUUGGAUUUGACAGAGACGUAUGGCCUCUCCACACCCAAAGCAGAGCCUCUUGUUGCCAUGGCAGAGCCUCGACUGCCUCAUCAUCUCUAUCGUUUCCCUUAAGCCCGAUUUCAUCUAUAUUAGCCUUCAAAAUAUAGAAUCUUAUAGCCUUCUAAUCUUCCAGGGGCAUCUUCUCGCCAUUCAGAGGCCCCAAGACUCGGAAAUGAUCGAGACCUCCUGUCAAACCCUCUCUAACCUCCUUAUCUCUUAUCAUUUUCCAGAUUUCCCUGCUAGCUUCUAAAGCACAUUAUUUUUACUUUCUAGUUUCAAAAAUUAUGAUUUUGUGGAAUCUGUGGUAAGAAGCAGGCAGAUGUAUGUUGUGGAUUGAAAUAAGUUAAUGGUUCUUAUAUAUUAAAAAUAUGAUGUAAUUUUAUAUAUUGUGUUCUAUCAAUGAAAAAAGUCAUAUUGUUUC